UAGAGGAGGAGGGUGAACCAAACUGAGCCGGGGUUGAAGGGUCUUGGGGGUAGCAUCACUUUCGAAAGUUUGUCUCGGUAAUUUCCUGGAGUCUCCAAACCACCGACCGGUCUGGUUUGUUUACAUUGUGUGGCCCAGGCGUGUAUGCGUUGUAUCAGCCAUUUACGAGACAACGCGCUCCAGCUCUGUUGGCUGGUGUUUAGAGACCCGGUUCAGUAAAUAGAAUGUUACCGAGCCGGGUUGGAUCGGCACCAUCUGGAAACGGGUCAGCGUCAGGCAGAGGUACCACAGGACACGGUUCGGGGGUUGUCGGGAUCCGUCCCGUUUUGGUCAGAGCAGGGCAAGCUUUACCGGGGGUCAGCGAGAGUGCCGGUGCUGCCGGGCGACAGGGGGAAAGAGACGCCGUCGGGAUGCUGGGGGCUAAUGGUCCAGGGGGUCCGAGAGGCGCGAGACCAGGGAACGGGACUGGUGUGACCCCUCUACAGACCGCCGUCCAGGGCAACAUGGUGGUGGGGUUGAACACGGGAGUUGUGUUGCCUCACGGAGCCAGGUUCGACCCGGACAGAGAGGGUGCUCCUCUGUGCAGCGGCUCGGAUAAUGACUCGGACUCCGGAGAUGAUGAUGACCCAGUGGGUUCACUUGGGGACAGCAGGAGAGGGGUGAAGCGGGAGAGAGGGGAGAUGGAGGCUGCGGUGACGGGGCAGGAGGUGGGGAUUCCUCCCGGAGGUUACGGCAUGGUGCCCGGAGGGGUCGCCGGGGCAAAGCCGGGGAAGAAAACACGUGGGCGCGUAAAGAUAAAGAUGGAAUUUAUUGACAACAAGUUGAGACGGUACACCACUUUCAGCAAGAGGAAGACUGGUAUUAUGAAAAAGAUCAUUUCCAUCUGGUGCUCCCAGCAGGCCAAAACAAACGCUAAGAAAUUAUUUUCAGAGGCCAUCUGA